AUGAAAAAAUUUUCGUUUUUAAACACCGAAGUAGAGUACUUAGGACGCACAAUCACUAACGGUGAGGUUCGUCCAUCUAAAUCUAAAAUAGCGGCAUUAAUAAAUUCUCCGGAACCUAAAAAUGUUCGUCAGGUUAGGCAGUUCUUAGGAUUGGCAGGCUAUUUUAGAAAGUACGUUGAAAAUUAUGCUUUUAAAACCACGUGUAUUUCGCGAUUAACUAAAAAAGAUUUCGAAUUCAAAUGGGGCGAGGAACAGAAACGAGCUCGUGCUGAUAUCAUUAAGUGCUUAACCAGCGAGCCGGUUCUUGCCAUAUUCAAUCCUACUUUGUUGACCGAGGUCCAUACAGACGCUAGUAGCCAGGGUUACGGUGUUGUCCUAUUACAAAUUCAUAGAGACGGUAGUAAAAGUGUGGUUGCCUACUACAGCCAAGUAACGACUGGGCUGGAGGUACGGUACCACUCCUAUGAAUUGGAAACAUUAGCUGUGGUAAGAGCGUUGCGUCACUUUCGCCACUAUCGUAUUGGUAUAGAGUUCAAAGUUGUUUCUGAUUGCAAUGCCCUAAAAGCUACACAAAAUAAGAAGGAACUGUUACCCCGGGUAGCGAGGUGGUGGGUAUAUCUAAAAGAUUUUACGUUCACCAUUGUUUACCGUAAAGGUGUUUUGAUGCCCCAUGCAGAUUACCUCAGCAAUCCUAUCCGUAUUGUGAAUAGCAUUGAUAAGCCGCGUAAUUGGGCACAGAUUGCGCAAUCAGGACAUUGUUUAACCUGUAUUUCCAAUAAAAGAGUUCCGCGAGCUCCGUUACAGCCUAUCACUUCGUGGACUAAACCAGAUGUUGCUUUUCAUACCCUUCAUAUGGAUAUGUUAGGCCCAUUGCAAGAGUCGAACGGUUAUAAGCACGUCAUGGUGGUGGUUGAUGCCUUCUCCAAAUACUGUCUUUUGUAUCUCAAUAUCACUCGACAGAAGACUACUCAAGCAUCUCCGUUGAACCUCUUAGUAGGUACCGAGGGCACUACUCCUGCAAUACAAGCUUUGGUUCGCGAUGUCACUGUAGACUGUUCGAGUUCUGUCAGACAGUCCCUGCGAGAGCUUGACAGACAAAGGACAGCCGAACGCCUUAAACAAAAUCAGAGGCGACAAGAUGAGUAUGUUAAUAAAAGGCAGCAUCCCACCCGUGCUUUUCAAGUAGAGAAGAGUAUAUCUAGUGGUGCCGGGACAGAAGACAUUUACACACCAUCCUUGUGGUAUUAUCAAUAUUUUACGUUUUUACACGCAAAACAGAAUCCAGCGGUACAAGGAGUAGACAAUUAUGACGACUGUGACAGCGGCAGCGAGAGAAUUGUUAAUCACCAAGAGGAGGAUACUCAAAGCUUAGACAAUAUUUCGGUCUUUUUAAGAUCACCGAAGUUAAAACAACAAACGGUUUUGCAAUUAUUAAAAAAAAGUGCAAGUUAUGAUGAUGGAGGAGAGCGCCAUAUUGCAAUCACCCAAAGUUUAGUCUACAUGAUCAUUAAGGAUAAUAUACCCCUUUCUUGUGUUGAAAAAGAGGGACUACAACAAUUUGUUGAGAACUAA